UUAACAGAAAUAUUGCCCAAACUUAUUUCAAAAUGGCCACAUCCCGUUUGAACAUUUUCUUCAUGGUUACAAUUUUUGUUCUCGUGACUUCAAUCACUGCAACGGAAUACGUUGUGGGGGAUGAAAAUGGUUGGAAACUCGACUUUGAUUAUCAAAAUUGGGCCAAGGAUAAAGCUUUCUACGUCGGAGAUACCCUUGUUUUCAACUAUGCGGCUGGUGUUCACAACGUUGCGAAAGUCAACGGCACCGGUUUCCAACAAUGUAGCACUUCAGCUUCCAAUGGAAUCAUGACAAGUGGACAGGAUGUUGUCCCCCUACAAACCCCCGGAAGGAAAUGGUACAUUUGUGGUGUCGGAAAGCAUUGCGAGUUGAGAAACAUGAAGCUUGUCAUCACUGUUCUACCUCAAACAUGGGCUCCGGCUCCAAGCCCUAUGGCGACAUCUACAUCGGGCAAAUUGGCAGUACCAACUAUCUAUGGAUUUCUAGUUGCAUUAUUCGGCAGUCUGCUAUUGCUGUUGGUUUGAAGAAUGUAACGUUUAACGUUUUCCAACGUUAUUGGUUAUAUAUUGUGAUGUAUGUCUGUUUAUUCAAAUGUUGUAUAUGUUUGAUGGUGGUUGCUAUACCUAUUAUAUGAAGAAGAAUUCUUUCUUAAUUAA